GCCCUCGAUCCUCGAUGCUAGAAGCUUCAGAAAACUCCAUCGAACAAUGUAGAACUCAUCUGGACUCAGUAGAACAGCUCAGAAAAAAGGUUAAUGUCAUAGUUGAGAGCCAAUUGCAAAGUGACUCCCACGCCUCGCAGCAUCAUCCAUCACCACCACUACCACCACCACUACCACUACCCCUCUUUAAACGCCCUCCCCCACUUCUAUCCUUCCUGUUCUACUCACCACAAACCACCACCACUAUUAUUUGUACCUUUCUCCCGCAUCUCCCAACUGAAGCCGGUUCUUCUUCCUUUUCCUCCCAUUAACUUUCCUCCCAACAACAACAACAACAACAACAACCCCCACAUCCACCGCAAAUCACCAUCAUGUCUUCCGGCAAAACUUUCACUCUCAGCAACGGCGUCAAGAUCCCCGCCGUGGGUUUCGGUACCUUCGCCAGCGAGGGAUCCAAGGGUGAGACCUACGACGCCGUCACUGCCGCUCUCAACAUCGGCUACCGUCACCUCGACUGCGCCUGGUUCUACCUGAACGAGGACGAGGUUGGCCAGGCGGUCAAGGACUUCCUCAAGAAGAACCCCUCCGUCAAGCGCGAGGACAUCUUCAUCUGCACCAAGGUCUGGAACCACCUGCACCGCCCCGAGGAUGUCGAGUGGUCGGUCAACAACUCCCUGGAGAAGCUCCAGCUCGACUACAUCGACCUGUUCCUGGUUCACUGGCCCAUUGCCGCCGAGAAGGAGACUCAGGAGAAGCCCAAGAUCGGCCCUGAUGGAAAGGUACGCCCCCCAUCCCUUGACCCCUGGCAGCCAGCGACCAGCAUCCCAGCUAACCAACCCUUCCAGUACGUCAUCCUCAAGGACCUGACUGAGAACCCCGAGCCCACCUGGCGGGCGAUGGAGAAGAUCUACAAGGAGGGCAAGGUCAAGGCGAUCGGAGUUUCCAACUGGACCAUCGAGGGCCUGGAGAAGCUGCUCAAGUACGCCGAGGUCAAGCCUCACGUCAACCAGAUCGAGAUCCACCCCUUCCUGCCCAACGAGGAGCUGGUCCAGUACUGCUUCGACCACGACAUCCUGCCCGAGGCCUACUCGCCCCUGGGCUCGCAGAACCAGGUCCCCACGACGGGCGAGCGCGUCAGCGAGAACAAGACCCUGAACGAGAUCGCCCAGAAGGGCAACAACACGCUGGCGCAGGUGCUGAUCGCCUGGGGCAUCCGCCGCGGCUACGUCGUCCUGCCCAAGAGCUCCAACCCCGCCCGCAUCGAGUCCAACUUCAAGAGCAUCGAGCUGUCGGACGAGGACUUCGAGGCGGUCAACGCGGUCGCCAAGGGCCGGCACUUCCGCUUCGUCAACAUGAAGGAUACCUUCGGUUACGACGUGUGGCCCGAGGAGACGGCCAAGAACCUGUCUGCUUAAGCGUUUUCCUGGAACGGGAAGAAGAAAAACCCAAGCGUUAAUGAUUUAUGCGGGACAUAAAAAAAAUGACGGAAUGAGAUAAUCUUCUUAUCAGC